AUGACGGGAUUCGCGGCGCCGCACGGGUCGGUGCGGACGCUGCACGACUGUUGGGAAUCGAUGGCGAGGCGACACGCGAACGCGCCGUGUCUGGGGACGAGGGACGUGGACGCGAAGACCGGGACGCCGGGGAAGUAUACGUUUAGGACGUUCGCGGAGGUUGCGCGCGAACGGGUGGCGCUGGGGAGCGCGAUGGCUCGGUUUGGGAUCGCGCCGGGGAGCGCGAUGGGGUUGUACAGCAUCAACACGCCGGAGUGGGUGGCGCUCGAGGCGGCGAUGACGCGACAGGGGGUGAUUUCUGUGCCGUUGUACGACACCCUCGGACCGGAUGCGGUGGUGUACAUCGCGAACCAUGCGUCUUUGUGUGCGGUGGCGUGCUCGCACGCGGUGUUGGCGACGAUGGUGGCGUGUUUGAAGGACACGCCGACGGUGAAGCUCGUGGUGUGCUACGGCGGUCGAGGCGCCGGGAGCUCGGAUUUCGCGGCGAUUCGCUCGGCUCGCGAGCUCUUGCCGCCGGGGGUGAAACUGGUGAGUUAUGAAGAUAUGUUAGAGAUCGGUUCGCGGAAUCCAUCGCCCGCGACACCGGCGGCGCCGGAUGAUUUGGCGACGAUUUGUUACACUAGCGGCACGACGGGGGCGCCGAAGGGCGUCAUGCUGACGCAUCGAAACUUGAUCAGCAACGCCGCAGGUUAUGCGUAUGACUUAGAACUCGGUCCGGGCGAUAGUCACGUAUCGUAUCUUCCGCUCGCUCACAUCUACGAGCGAGUGACGAUGCUGGUAGUGUUGUUCAACGGCGCCAAAGUUGGGUUUUAUCGCGGAGACGUCUUGCAACUUUUGGACGACAUCAACGCCUUGAAACCGACCGUUUUUUGCUCCGUGCCUCGAUUAUGGAACCGAAUUUACGAUAAAGUGAAUGCGGGCGUGCGCGAGGGCAGCGUGGUGGCGCAAAAGCUCUUCGCGUGGGCGUUCGAGUCCAAACGACGGGCGCUGUCCAAGGGUCAAACGCCAAACGCCCUGUUCGAGAAAGUCGUCUUCUCCAAGCUUCGCGCCAAGCUCGGCGGCCGCGUCCGCUACAUGUCCACAGGUUCCGCUCCGAUCAGCGCUGAAGUCAUGGAGUUUUUGCGCAUCGCUUUCGGAUGCGUGCUCGAAGGUUACGGCAUGACGGAAUCCGCGUGCGUAAUCUCAAAGACGGCGCAAGACGACUUCACCACGGGUCACGUCGGCGCCCCGGCGCCGUGCUGCGAGAUCAAACUGGUGGACGUUCCCGAGAUGCGAUACACGAAAAAUGAUCACCCUCAUCCUCGCGGAGAGAUUUGCGUGCGCGGUCCGAGCGUGUUCCGUGGGUAUUACAAGAACGACGCCGAGACCGCGGACGUCGUCGACCGCGACGGUUGGCUUCACACGGGCGACAUCGGCACCUGGCUCCCAGGCGGUCGCUUGAAAAUUAUCGAUAGAAAGAAGAACAUCUUCAAGCUGGCUCAAGGCGAGUACGUGGCGCCGGAAAAGAUUGAAAACGUCUACGCCCGCAACAAGUUUGUCGCACAAUCCUUCGUCUACGGCGACUCCCUUCAGGCGCACCUCGUCGCCGUCGUCGUCCCCGAUGAGGAAGUCUUGAUGCCUUGGGCGGCCGCGAAGUCGUCCGAAUUCAAGGGCAUGAGCUUUAAAGAUUUGUGCGCCGAUGAACGCGUGAAAGCUCACGUGUUGAAGAGCAUGAUCGCCACGGGGAACGACGCCGGCCUGAAGGGAUUCGAGCAAGUCCGAGCGAUUCGCCUGUGCGACGAAUUGUUCACCGUGGAGAACGGUUUGAUCACCCCGACGUUCAAGUUGAAGCGCCCGCAGGCGCGCGAGCGGUUCCAGCGCGACAUCGACGAAAUGUACGCGCGAGGACGAUGA